AUGCCCGUGAGAUUGAUGAGACCUGAAGAUGUCCCAAGAAUCCAAUCAAGCCAAGCUCUAGGGGGACAUCCUACCGGUGUGGGUAGUUUUCCAUGGAGAGCUCAACGUGCGGCGGCCCGCAAUUCAAAUAGGUCUAAUUCCCCACAGCGUACCAAGUUUUCAAGAUUAUUCAAGAUCCUCUUCUGGGUCGGCAUCAUUUAUUUCUGUCUUCAUCUCUUUCACCUCGAUGUCUGGAAGAUCUUCGAUUCCAUUAGGGAGAACGAACACGUGGUAGGUGCAAUAAGGAUUUGUCGGUAUACCUUGACCCAGGUUGAAGGGCAAGUGAGACCUUUGGUGGAGAUGAUUCAUCAUGCCUUGGAAAAGGCUAGAGAUAGUAUCAUUGAUAGGCGUCAAGUCAAUCUAGCCGUUGAACGAAUUCCAAUCGCCGAAUACACUGACUCGGUAGGGAAGGUGGGUGAAAAGGUAUUGUCAGAUCAGGCAAGGGAGAAGUUCAAAGUACAUGCGGCUGAAAAGAUCAAUAGACUCAAGAAUGUUCCCAUGGGCGAAAUAGUAAAUACGGUCAAAGAUGUCAGUCAGAGGACAGUGGUUCAUAUGGUCGGAGAUGUUGCUAGGUUGAUGAGGGGGUUUCCUGGAGCUUGGAAGAAUUUGGGUGCGGGGACGGUGUGA